GUUGUAUAGAGGGUGAUCAAAUUGGGUGGCUUGAUUCUUGGUGGGUGGGUAGUAUUGGUUGAAACUUGAAACCCAAGGUUGGAUCUCUUGUGGGUAUGGCCAGCUGGUCCCUCCUUUUCGGACUCCCUUUUCUGCUUCUAACGCUUUCCCUCUCAGGUUCAAUUAUCCAAAUCUUUGGCCUUGGAGUUGGAAUCAACUAUGGUCAGAUUGCAAACAACCUGCCAUCGCCAUCUCGUGUUACUUCCCUCCUUGAAUCCCUAAACAUCAGCAGAGUGAAACUCUAUGAUGCCGAUCCGAAUGUGCUAUUGGCCUUCUCAAAUUCCAAUGUUGACUUCAUCAUAGGACUAGGUAAUGAGUAUCUUGCUGACAUGAGAGACCCCAUCAAAGCUCAGAAUUGGAUUCAACAGCAUGUUCAACCCCACCUACCACAAACCAGAAUCACAAGCAUACUUGUUGGGAAUGAGAUCUUCAAAAGCAAUGACCCUCAAUUGAUGGCUAAUCUUCUCCCGGCUAUGCAAACAGUGCACAACACUCUUGUUAAUCUUGGAUUAGAUAAACAAGUUACUGUCACAACUGCACAUUCUCUUGAUAUUUUGGGUAACUCCUACCCUCCUUCAGCUGGGGCUUUCAGUCAGGAUCUUGCUGAAUACAUCCAACCCCUACUUGAUUUCCAUUCGCGGAUCGAUGCACCCUUUUUGAUAAAUGCAUAUCCCUAUUUUGCAUAUAAGGAUAACCCAAAUCAAGUUUCACUGGACUAUGUCCUUUUCCGGUCUAACCAAGGCAUGACUGAUCCAGGCACAGGUUUGCAUUAUGACAAUAUGUUGUAUGCUCAAAUUGAUGCUGUUUAUACGGCUAUUAAGGCAAUGGGGCAUACUGAUAUUGAGGUGAGGAUUUCGGAAACUGGUUGGCCAUCUAAAGGGGAUGAGAAUGAGACAGGAGCUACGCCAGAGAACGCAGGAUUGUAUAAUGGUAAUUUGAUGCAGAGAAUACAACAGAAGCAAGGUACUCCGGCUAAACCGUUGGUUCCAAUAGACAUACACGUUUUUGCACUUUUUAAUGAGAAUUUGAAGCCUGGACCGACAUCAGAGAGGAACUAUGGACUGUUCUAUCCUAAUGGUACUUCAGUUUAUAACAUUGGGAUACAGGGUCGUGACCCGGAUAUAGUGUUUUCAGCAGCCAAGAAAACUGCUACGUCUGUCUUCAGUUGUUUGAUCAUUGUUAUAGCAUAUUUAAUUUGUGCUUGAGAGAUUGGGAAGUCUUCAAUGGAGGGAGCUAGAGGUCAAGAGGAACAUGCAGAUGCAGAAGAUAAUAGAGAUUUUGUAAAUGCAAGAGUAGUUUGUUUUAGGUGAGAUAUGUAUACAAUUCUUUUUUACUUCUUUAGCAAUAAAUUAAUAAGAAUUAUACUUUUUAUGACUCCUGAA